AUGAUUAAUGUGCAGGAAGAGGAUGUUUGGAAAGACUACAUCAAGGCUCAUCCAAAGGCCAAAUCAAUGCGUUACAAACCAUGGCCCCUUUUUUCGGAUUGGGUGGAAAUUUUUGGAAAGGACCGCGCAACGGGAGAGGGGGCAGUAGGUUUCACUGAUGCGCGUAAUGUUGAGGUGGAAGACAAAAUAAUCGGGCUACUGUCCUCCGUUUGCCAGGAGAUGAACAACCGUCUUUCAGAACUUUCCACACGUGUCGGUCAACAGGUUGAUGAAAAAGCGCAACGAAUUGCCGUUUACAAUGCACUAAAAAAAAUUCCUAACUUAACAACGGUUGCUCGGUACUUAUCCAAAAAUGUUGACGAGAUGGAACUAUUUUUCAGCCUUGACGAUGAUGGAAGGAGCUCAAUGGUGUACCAGAUUUUGAGCGGGUCAUCGUAG